AUGGGCACAUGGAAGCCCUCAAUUCAGGUGCGUGCCUGGGGAAACCACAUGCGCACCUGCUGCCACCACAACACAGUGCUUGCAUCCACACCUUGCCGCUCUAUCGCCCACUACCGCUUUCCCCACACGCUGCCAAGUCUCUCAUGCCAUGUUAUUCCGCCCUGCCCCCGUCUCUCCUCCAACACCCCCCCGGGCGCGCGGGCAGCCCUGUCGUCUCUGGCGUUUGACGAGCACCGCCUCUCCCCCUCGCGCUACAGAGACCUCCACAGGAAGUGUGCAGGGAAUUUCGAGUUGCUGCUCUCCACGCACUUCAAUGCUUCGGCGUGGCCCAUCCCCUCCUUGGACGCACAGGCCAAGCAAGCCCUGCUACAGCGCCUUCUCAACCUCAAGGCGCAGGCCCUGUCGCGUGCGUUACAGCAGGGCUCGGUGCCGCUGCGGCCUGGACUCGUGGACUUCCUACAGGACGCGGUGACAGGAGGAGUACACGUGGCAGUGCUGGCAGGGCUGGCACGGAGUGGGGAGGAGACAGCGAGGGGCGUGUUGAGGGGCAUGCCAGCAGCGCUGCGGCAGCGGGUGCACGUGGUGGGCGAGCAGGAGGCGAGGGAGAGUGCGUUCGGGCAGGUGGUGCUGGGAGGAGGGGCGUUGGCAGGCGUGGAUGAGGCACUAGCCGCGCACAUGGCUCAGGCUGUGUUGGUGGAGAAGAGGCGAAUAGCAGAGGAGGUGGCGCGCACGCUCAAGCUCACAGUGGACCUAGACAUCCCGUCUGAGUCACAGGAGGGCGUGGCCAUGCUGCGGGCAGCAGCGGAGGUGGUGGGGGUGCCGGCGGCAGCGUGUGUGGUGCUGGCGGGGUGUCAGGGCACGGUGCAGAUGGCGGGGCGAGUGGGCAUGACUGCAUGUGUUGUUCGCAGCAGCAUGACAUCAGGGGCGGAGUUCAGAGGAGUGCGGGCAGUGUUUGACGGCUUUGGUCCCGGCGCGCUCACUCUCCCACGCCUCCUGCGCAUGCUCGCCGCUGCUCCCACCAGGCCCCCAACGCCGCCCGUAUGA